GCCAGACAAACCCUGCCAUUUCAUCAGUAAACAUCCUGCGGAUUUGAACGCGCGGUUUGGGCGGCAGGAAGAGGCGCGGCCGCCAUUUUGUUUGUUUGAGUGGCUCUGGCCGCCUCGGAGAGCAGGCAGGAGGGAGGCCAGCGGCGGGGGCGCCCUGACGAGGGACCGACAGACGGUGCCAGCGCUCGGCGGUGAGUGUGCGGGGGGGCUGCGGGCUCGGGGCUGCGGGCCGGGGAGUCAGACUGCGCCGGGCGGGUAAUCCAACCUCCGGGAGAGGACGGGCUAAUAUGGCGGGCCCCACGGAACAGCUGGCGGAGCAGGCCGCACUCCGUCACCGAGCUGGAGUCUGAUCCCCGGCCGGGCUGUGUGCAGGGCAGAGCGGGGGGAGCUCCCGGAGCCGGUAGGUGUGCCGGGCAGAGCUAUCCCGGGAGAAACUACCCCAGCCGGGGCUAUCCCGGGAGGAACUGGCCCAGCCGGGGCUAUCCCGGGAGAAACUGGCCCAGCCGGGGCUAUCCCGGGAGAAACUGGCCCAGCCGGGGCUAUCCCGGGAGAAACUGGCCCAGCCGGGGCUAUCCCGGGAGGAACUACCCCAGCCAGGGCUAUCCCGGGAGAAACUACCCCAGCCAGGGCUAUCCCGGGAGAAACUACCCCAGCCAGGGCUAUCCCGGGAGAAACUGCCCCAGCCGGGGCUAUCCCGGGAGAAACUGGCCCAGCCGGGGCUAUCCCGGGAGAAACUGGCCCAGCCGGGGCUAUCCCGGGAGAAACUGGCCCAGCCGGGGCUAUCCCGGGAGAAACUGGCCCAGCCGGGGCUAUCCCGGGAGAAACUGGCCCAGCCGGGGCUAUCCCGGGAGAAACUGCCCCAGCCGGGGCUAUCCAAACCCCCCCCCCCGAGAAACUACCUCAAUGAUAGGUCUACCCUGGUGAAACUACCCCAUCUCCCUUUUCUCAAUGGUUACCCCUGGCAAUACUAUAUACACUGAGAGGUUUUCUCCUGGUAAAUGGCAUUGUCCUCAGAGGGCAGGUGGUAUGUGACUUUGCCCGGGCAUGUGCUGAAAGUUGAGGAUAGUCCAGUGACCAGCUAGAAUUUGGCUCUAGCAUGAGGCUUCUCUGACACACUGCUGCUUUCCCACUCACAAAAACUGCUAACAAACUAUAACCGCCUUAUAGGUGCAGAUUCAACAUAUAUUACUGGAAUAUUUAGAAUGUUAUACUAUACUUUUCCAUAAGUUCUAUUGUUUUGGACUUUUUAAAACCCGUUUCCUGACAGUUUAAAAUGCUGUAAAUAAAUGUGCAAGUAAAUGCGAAGAUAUUUUUAACCAAAAGAGUAAAUAAAUAACCAGACUAACCAUUAAUGCACCAAUUUUAAAUGAUACUAGACGUACUCCUGUGUUGCUUAAGUUAAGAUUCAUGAUACAUGUUUAUUGAUGUAUCCUAUAGUCUAUUGCUUCUUGUUUUAAAUAGUUUGGUAUGUUGUGGAUUUACCUGUUGGUUUUAUGUCAGCUGCAAUUUUGUGUUUUAGGACUGCUUUGACUUUUAUAAAGUGAAUAUUUAUAUUUUUGUAUGUGUCUUUUAAAUGUAUUUUAUAUAAUUACGCUAGGUUUUCUCAAUGCAAUUGUCCCAAUUAUUCAACCAUGUUGGUUGUAAACAUUUGAUACAAAAUGUACUAUUACAAAUGUGUAUCUUGGUCUUUACUUGAUUUGUUCUGUCCUUUAAUUUUUAAGCCAUCUUUUGUACUGAGUACUUUGUACCAUCCAAACAUCUGUAUAAUUAUUGGCUCAAGUAUGAACAUUUUAUGAAAGCUCUGUCUCUGCUUAAUACACCCACCAAUCCAGUAACUGGAAUUCUAAAUGCAAUUCUCAUUUAGGGCAAUUAUGUUUUUGUGGUGCUGUUUCAGGAUGCUAAACUAUUUUUUAGACUGGCUCACAGUAAGUAGAAAUGUAGUCCAGUCCGUAUUGCCAGAGGUAACUUACACUUGCUGUAAAUGCAAAAUUCUUGCAUAAACCUUAUGUUUAAGUGUUUACAGAUGAAAAUGAAGGAAAGGGGGCAUCAGUUAGGAAAAUGACAAAUUAGUCUUGUUAUAUGUGAGUUUACAGAAGAAGAGAUUCUAUUUCAACUGUCAAAAGUAAAGACAAAUACGUCAAUGGGGGCUGAUGGAACACCCAAAAUUAUUAAAAGAGCUUAGUGGUGUACUAGCAAAACCAUUAAAGGAUCACCAUAGUGUCAGGAAAACAAGGCUGUUUUCCUGACACUAUAUUGCCCUGAGGGUGCCCCCACCCUCAGUGUCCCCCUCCCGUGGCGCUGAAGGGGUUAAAACCCCUUCAGCAGUUUGCCUUAUUCCAGCGCCGGGCUCCCUCAGCGCUGGUGACCUCUCCUCCGCCGUCAGCGGAGCUGAAUGUGCAUGCGUGGCAAAUGCCGCACGCGCAUUCAAAGUGUCCAUAGGAAAUCAUUUUUAAAUGCUUUCCUAUGGAUGCUCUGUGCGAUGGAUGCAUAAUAUGCCUCCAGCGUCACAGAUGCACCUUUAGUGGCUGUCCGGAAGAGCCCCCAAAUGUAAACAUAGCAGUUUCUCUGAAACUGCUAUGUUUGCAUCUGUAGGGUUAAAACCUGAGGGACCUGGCACCCAGACCACUUCAUUGAGCUGAAGUGGUCUUGGUGACUAUAGUGUCCUUUUAACAGAUUUAUUUAACCAAUCAUUGUUAACAGGAGUAGCCCCAGGAGAUUGGAAGUUAGUGAAUGUUGUGCCCAUUCACAAGAAAGGUAGUAGGGAGGAGUCGAAAGUAAUGGAAACCAGACUAUCAUUUAUAUAGCGCCAACAGAUUCCGUAGCGCUAUACAAUAUUAUAAGAGGGGGGAUUUAACUAUAAAUAGGACUAUUACAAGAAAACUUACAGGAACGAUGGGUUGAAGAGGACCCUGCUCAAACGAGCUUGCAGUCUAUAAAAAGGAUUGUUGAACAUCUAAAAUCACAUGGAUUUCAAGAUCAGAGACAACAUGGGUUUACUUCAGGGAGAUCAUGCCAAACUAAUCUUAUUGAUUUUUUUUUUAUUGGGUAGCUAAAAAUUAUAGAUCAGGGAGGUGCAGUAGACACCUAGAUUUCAGUAAGGGUUUUGACACCCUUGCACAUAGAAGGCUUAUCAGUAAACUGCAAACUUUAAUUUUGGAUUCCAAUAUUGUUAAAUGGGUAAGGCAGUGGCUGAGUGACAGGCAACAUAUGGUUGUAGUCAAUGGAGUAUAUUUGAAGCAUGGUCUUGUCACCAGUGGGGUACCUCAGGGAUCUGUACUUGGACCCAUUCUCUUUAAUAUUUUUAUUAGUGAUAUUUCAGAAGGUCUUGAUGGUAUGGUAUGUCUUUUUGCUUAUUAUACUGAGAUAUGUAAUCGCGUUGAUGUUCCAGGAGAAAUAAGCCAAAUGGCAAAUGAUUUAGGUAAACUAGAAAAAUGGUCAGAGUUGUGGCAGCUGACACUUAAUGUGGAUAAGUGCAAGAUAAUGCAUUUUGGACGUAUAAACCCAAGGGCAGAGUAUAGAAUAUUUGAUACAGUCCUAACCUCAACAUCUGAGGAAAGGGAUUAUGGGGUGAUUAUUUCUGAUGACUUAAAGGUAGGCAGACAGUGUAAUAGAGCAGCAGGAAAUGCUAGCAGGAUGCUUGGUUGUAUAGGGAGAGGUAUUUGCAGUAGAAAGAGGGAAGUGCUCAUGCCAUUGUACAGAACACUGGUGAGACCUCACUUGGAGUAUUGUAUGCAGUACUGGAGACCGUAUCUCCAGAAGGAUAUUGAUACUUUAGAGCAGGGUUAGUCAACCUUUUAAUACCUACCGCCACUCUUGUAUCUUUGUUGAUGGUAAAAUGUCCUUACCGCCCACCAGUGCCGCAGUAACAAAUUUUAGAAAGGAGGGUUUUAAAAAAGAAGAAAAAAAAUUUUUUUUUUACUUAAAUGUAUCUUUUUUUUCCUUUUCUUUCUAUGUGUGUCUGUGAGGUGCUGCAUGUGUGUUUUGUGUGUGUGUGUGGGGGGGGGGCAGUGUGUGACUGGGGUGCAGUGUGAGUGAGGGGGCUAUCUUAAUGUCUCCCCCUCCCUUCUUCUUACCUUUUGCCAGGGUAUAUAUAAUGCUGCAAGCCCUGGUGGUCCAGUGGUGGCAUGUUCGCUUUAGCCUGCAGCUACUCUGGCUGCAGGCUGACUCUCCUGUGAGCACAGCACUGUAUCGGUGUGUUGCCAUGGUAACGUGCGACAAUGCUUUGACCAGUCUGCUCGCUGGAGGAACACAGAGCCUUUCCCUCCCUCUGCUGGAACCAAGUGCCAGCGGGCCGAUUAGGGAGUUCUUUGAUCUCCUCACCAGCCCGAGAGGGCUUACAGCAAGGAUGGCUCUGCAUGAGCCGGCAGGGGAGAUUAAAGGAUUUCCCGUCAGCCCUGGCCCACGUUUUCUACAGAACCCACCACCGCCCACCUGAAAUCCCAAACCGCCCACUAGGGGUGGUAGGGACCAGGUUGAAUACCCCUGCUUUAGUAAGAGUUCAGACAAGGGCUACUAAACUGGUUCAUAGAUUGCAGGAUAAAACUUACAAGGAAAGGUUAAAGGAACUUAACAUGUAUAGCUUGGAGGAAAGACGAGACAGGGGGGAUAUGAUAGAAACAUUUAAAUACAUAAAGGGAAUCAACACCAUAAAGGAGGAGACUAUAUUUAAAAUAAACUACCACAACAAGAGGACAGUCUUAAAUUAGAGAGGCGAAGGUUUAAAAAUAUCUGGAAGUAUUAAUUUUACUGUGAGGGUAGUGGAUGCAUGGAAUAGCCUUCCAAAUGAAGUGGUAGAGGUUAACACAGUAAAGGAGUUCAAGCAUGGGUGGGAUAGACAUAAGGCUAUCCUAGCUAUAAGAUGGGGCCAGGGACCUAAUGAAAGUAUUUAGAAAAUCGGGCAGACUAGAUGGGCUGAAUGGUUCUUAUCUGCCGUCACAUUCUAUAAAGGUUUUUUUUUUUUUUUUUGACUGCAAUAUAAACUUUUCAACUCUCAAUUAGUGUGCAUGUAUGAAUGGCAAUAAUUUUACUUUUGAAGAAAUGAAUGCUUGCACAUUAUAUGCGCUUGAUGUAUUCAAAUGUCUUUAUUUUUCUGUUUAUAUGGCUACACGGGUACCACCAUUAAACUGUAAAAUAUCAGUAAUGUCCUUAUGAAAUGCUAAAACACAUUUUUACAUUUUGAAAUAUACAAAAGCUAGUUCUUUCUCUUGAAAGUAAACAAUUCAGUGCUAGUAUAGGCACCAAAAUGUUAGCUUUGAGGCAAUUUUGAUUUAUGCAUUAUGCUCCUGCAGUCUCACUGCUCAAUUCUCUGCCAUUUAGGAGUUAAACUGUCAUGACCACUUCAGUAAUUUGAAGUGGAAAUAAUGGAAACAGUAUGUAUGUGCAGUGCUUCUGCUUGAAACACUGCACAUACUGGGAGAUUGUGCUGGAGGCUGCACCUACAGCACACCUGACAUUGACAGCACAGAACUUGAUGUCAAUUCUAUGCAACGUUUAAGUCUGUCGUCACAGUGCACUUGCAACAGAUGUUAAUUUUUUUUAUAGAAACCUCCCCAGAGCAUCUGUAUGUGCUCUAACCUGGCGAAAAGAUCCAACUACAGUCUUCUCUGUGGAAAGCCUGUCAUUGGACCUUGUGAGGCCACUGUGACAUAGGAGGCGUCGUGAAAAAGCUGGGAGCUACGCUCGACACUUGGUCCGAGGUGAAUGCUUAUUUUGCAGCUUUUACUGAAAAUCUGGUGGAAGGACACCUUUUCUAUAUUAAAAUGGAAAAGCUGCCUUAACCCUGUAAUCCAUGCAGCUUUAGCUACACCUCUCCUGCCUGUGACACUCAUUUUUUAUGGAUGUUAACUUACUUUAGAUGUUUUUAAUCUACUCUUUUGUAAAUUGCGCUUUAGUCACACACAGGAGGGUCAUAUCUACAUAGGCUACUAAAAGUGCCGGAGAUUCACAUUUCUAAAUUAAACAGACUGUGCUAUAAAGGGAGUUAUACAAUAUCUAUCUUUACAGGAACUGUUUAGGAAGGGUGUGCAAGUCACAUGCAGGGAGGUGUGGCUAGGCUGCAUAAACAAGGUGAUUUACUCCUAAAUGGUAGGGAAUUCUGCAGGUGCAUGAUUUAUUCACUAUACAUGCUUCACUAAGCUAAAAUUGUUUUAAUAUCUAUAGUAGCCCUUGAAAUUGCUUGAAUGAGGACUUAAAGGGAUCCUAUACAAACUCGCUUUCCUGGCACCAUAGGCUCUUGGAGUCCCCCUCCUCCCAAUUACCUUAAUCCAGGGCCGGGAUCCCUCGGUGCUGGUGACUUAUCCUCCCCUGCCGGCGUCCGUUCCCAUGUGCAGCCAGAGACGCAUGCGCAUUCAAACCCGCCCGUAGGAAACCCUUACUCUAUGGGGAUCUUAUUUGAAGCUGGACUCCUGAGUACGUUCAGCGUAAAAUAAGUAAGAUUUUCUCAGUGUAAAUUGCAGAAGCACCUCUAGUGGCUGUCAGGGAGAUAGCUGCUAGAGGCUGGACUAACCCUGCAGUGUUUUCCACUGCACGGUUAAAACUAGGGGGACCUGGCACCCAGGCCACUUAAUUGAGCUGAAAUGGUCUGGGUGCCUGUAGUGGUCCUCUAAAUAACAAAUAGUGCAGGGGUUGCCUUUGUUUGUCUAAUUAGGUAGACGUGUUUAUUUAGUUAUCUAAACUGUUUUAUUAUGCAUACAACAUAGUUUUACAUAUGUUUUUUGUGAUUCACACAUUGUGAACCUCCACAGACAGUGCCAGUUCCAUGCAAUCGUUGCUGGUGACAGCUCGGGAUUGACUCUUCUAGAUGGCAGUAACUCUGCCCUGUGUCAGGUGUAGGAAAAAUACAUGUACAUUUACAAAUUUGUCUCCGUGUAUUUUUCGACUGAGUUGGAAUUUCCCAGAAAUCCCACAAGUCAAUAUGUGUAUUUCAUAAAGAUUUUUACUUUAUGAAAUACUCAUUUUGCAGACGGAAGGUGACCGUGCCCUUUAAAGAUGGAGCUGGUCUCUAAUUGCAUCACCAUCUUUUCUGUGGCAACUUUGUGAUGCAACUUCACUGGAGCCGUACUUGUUUUCAUAGGGAUAUAUAGUAUAAAACAGAGCAGGUAGUUUUUUUCAGUUGCUAUUCUUUGGAUUGAUGGCUAAAAGGUACAUUUAAAUACAUGGUUUGUGCCUAUAUUUAAAAAAAAAAAAAAAAAAACAGUUACCCAACUAUUUGUGUGCUCUAUUGAUGUUGAAGACACUUGGUGAUGCAGUUUAUUAGUCCAAUGUCCACUUGACCAAACUUGUGUGUGUGUAUUUAUAAUUUUCUUUUUAUAUGUAAUUAAAGGACCACCCAGCUUAAUGAGGUGGUCUGGGUGCCUGGUCCAUCUAGGGUUAACCCUUUUUUCUAUAAACAUAUGUUAUGUUAGGGUUAAUCCAGCCUCUAGUGGCCGUCUCUUGACAGCCGCUAGAGGCGCUUGCGUGCUUCUCACUGUGAUUUUCACAGUGAGAAGACACCAGCGUCCCUAGGAAAGCAUUGUAAAUGCUUUCUUAUGAGACUGGUUGAAUGCGCGCGCAGCUCUUGCCGCGCAUGCGCAUUCAGCCACAGAGGAGGAGAGCUCCCCGCCCGGCGCUGGAGAAAGAGGUAAGUUUAACCCGUUCCUCUACAUCCAGCCUGGCGGGAGGGGGACCCUGAGGGUGGGGGCAUCCUCAGGGCACUAUAGUGCCAGGAAAACGAGUAUGUUUUCCUGGCACUAAAGUGGUACUUUAAGUUGUCUUUUCACAAAUUUCUAUCGUUAUGUCACUUAUAUUGCAUCCAUGCUUUAAAUUAAAACUUUACAAAUCAUUUUUCUAUUGCUGUGUAACUUCAGAAAAUAGUUUUGGGGUUAUUUUUUUCCUUACUGAUUGUUUUUCAGCAGGCUCACCUCCUUCCCAACUGAUCCAUCCUUUGGGCAUCAUCCUUCUCUUAGGUCUAGCUCAGUUGGGGAAGCAUUUAAUUACUUCCCUGCGCCUAGCACAGCCUUGAUGACUGAUGCAGGGCCUGAGAACACCCCAAAGUCUUCUCUUGCAGACAGACUUUUGUAUAUAGUUUGUGCCUGCAGUGUUUCUGCCAGAAAGUAGGGGGUGUUGAUUUUAGUGCUCUUUUAUAGAGAAAUUUGGCUAGCACAACAUGUAGUUAAAGGGACACUAUAGUCACCUGAACAACUUUAGCUUAAUGAAGAAGUUUUGGUGUAUAGAACAUGCCCUUGCAGCCUUACUGCUCAAUCCUCUGCCAUUUAGGGUUAAAUCCCUUUGUUUAUGAACCCUAGUCACACCUCCCUGCAUGUGACUUGUACAGCCUUCCAUAAACACUUCCUGUAAAGAGAGCCCUAUUUAGGCUUUCUUUAUUGCAAGUUCUGUUUAAUUAAGAUUUUCUUAUCCCCUGCUAUGUUAAUAGCUUGCUAGAUCCUGCAAGAGCCUCCUGUAUGUGAUUAAAGUCCAAUUUAGAGAUUGAGAUACAAUUAUUUAAGGUAAAUUACAUCUAUUUGAAAGUGAAACCAGUUUUUUUUUUUCAUGCAGGCUCUGUCAGUCAUAGCUGGGGAGGGCUAGGGCUGCAUAAACAGAAACAAAGUGAUUUAACUCCUAAAUGACAGUGAAUUGAGCAGUGAAAUUGCAGGGGAAUGAUCUAUACACUAAAACUGCUUUAUUUAGCUAAAGUAAUUUAGGUGACUAUAGUGUUCCUUUAAAAUCAGAAAAGGAAUUCAUUGCUGCUUAGUAAAAAGUGGUACGACAGACACACUUUACAGAGGAACUGUCAUUUCUCUGGUAGGAACAGUUCCUGAGUCCCAGUAAAACAUUGUUAACUGGGGUGAAUAAAGUAGAUGCGAAAGUGUAUUUAAAAAGAUACUUCUGAAUUGGGGUGACUUUGCCACUCUAUGAUGCUUGGGGUACACUCAUAAGCGCUAGGACCUCUAAAAGAAAUUCAGUUUGUGUGCUCAAUUUAUUUUAUAUAGCGGUGCAAUACACCUGUGAGCCACCCCAACAGGGCAAGGUUAACUAAUAUACUUAAAUUGGGGUUCUUUGUAAACUAUAAAAUAAGCAAUAGCUAACUUAGCUGUGCUAAAAUGGUGAAUUGACUGUUCCUCUGUAAAAUAGAUUCUUAAUUUAAAACUCUCUAAGCACCAUAACCACGACAGCCCACUAGCGGAUGUGGGCUCUUGGUGGGACCCAGUGUUGUAUGACUAUGGUGGUGCUGCUUGUAUUGAAGUUGGUGUAAAAUUUAUCACAUAAACUGUAGGUGGUACUGAUCAUUUACACCUGAGAACAAUGAUUUGAAAAUACCUGUUGGAUUAUCCUUUGUUUCUCAGAGCACCAUAACAAUCUUUGGAAUUAAGUUAUGAUGCCUGGAGAUCCCUGGCACCAGUUAACCAUCUGGGGCUAAACUUGUAUUGAACUGUUUAACACCAAAGUGUUGAAUCCAGCACUCUUUCUAGUUCUGCGCAUAUCCUUCUGAAUUCACAAAAAAAGAAAUGAACAUAUAUUUUCUUAGCUACUUAUGGGCAGAGUGUCAGCAGUGCUUCUUUCCAAAGAUUGUAGAUUCAAAACUCAGACAGAAGUAGAAGGUGGGCAGAGCUAAAUGGUACUGGAUUCAACACUUUAUUAAAGGACACAUUGUUUGCUAACAGUUUAACCCCUGAUGGUUAGGUGGUACCCGGGAUCUCCUGUCACUAUAACUUCAGUCUGAUAAAGUUAUGGUGCCCGGGGGGUUAUUUUUAAAUGAAGAAAAAAGUUACUGAUGAUUUGAUCUACAUAAGGAGAACACUUUCUAACAUUGUUCCUUUAAGGAGGGGGGGGCAAUAUCUUCAGGUGGCUAUAUUCCAUAAAUGUGCAAUCUGAAAACCAUAAUGGCUUCAUCACAGUGAAGUGGUUAUGGUAUAAUUAGGUCUAAGCAUUGUCUUACAUAAACAAAUUUAACCGUUACUGUCUUUUGCAUUUACUAUUCUUUUGUGUUGCUUUACUUGAUCAGUUGGGUGAAUGAGGGGAUACAUUGCUUAAAAGAAGGUACUUGAGUUGGUUUGUGUCUGCACUUGCAUCCUUUUACAUUCAUUAUCUGAGUGAGAGAAUUGGAGUACAGAUAGGAAAUAUUCUGUGUUGUGGUUAGAAUGCUAUCACAUGCAGAACUACAAGGGAUGGUGUGGAUAUCUGAUUAAAAAUCUUGAUGAUUGCAACAAGCAUGAUUGUGCUCGCUCAGAUAUACUUUGUUUUUUAAGGGGACUUAAUAAUUAUUUUCAUUACAGUUCCCUGUUUAGUGAGUAAACAAAUACAUGGUCUUUGUCCAGACAAAAUGCUCCAAGCGCCAUCACUACUUUAAAGGACAACUAUAGGCACCCAGACCACUUCAGCUCAAUCAAGUGGUCUGGGUGCCAGGUCCAUAUAGGGUUAACCCUGCAGCUGUAAACAGCAGUUUCAGAGAAACUGUUUACACUGGGUUAAUCCAGCCUCUAGUGGCUGUCUCACUGACCCCGAAUCACCGCUAUCGCGGGGUUAAUGGUGCGUCUGCCUCUGUAUUAGAGGCAGACCGGGAGCACCCGAUAGUGCUGCCAGAGCGAGCACAUGUGCUUAGUAUACUUACCUUCCGCCUCCCUGCACUUCCUGGUUCUGUGUGAAGUGCAGGGAGCCAGAACAGUGCUGAUCCUGCCCCCUGAAAAAAAGAAAAAAUAGUUUAAAAUCCCACCCCACCUUACUCAUUUUAAUUAAAAAUUAACCCCUUCCCUGCCAAUUGAUCACUGACUACAGUGAUCAAUUGGCAGGGAUUACAUUUUACGGUCAUUUUAUUUUAACCCCUGAGGGUUAAAUUUUUUUAUUUUUUUUUUAACCCUCAGGUUAAAAUUAGAUAUUUAGCUAGCUGUGGUGGGUGGCAGUUAGUGGGGAAUUGGGGGAUUUGGUGUUAGGCUAACUAGGGGUUAACGUUAAGUCUUAAAAUAAACUUUAAAAAGUUAAAACUUAAGCUUAAAAAAACACUCCCCUUUACUCAGUCCAAAUAAAAAUUAAUCCCUUCCCUGCCAGUCGAUCACUGCCUACAAUGAUCAAAAUACAGUUAACCGUAUUAUACUGUGAUCUAAUUUAUUUUUUAACCCCUGAGGAUUAACUUUUUUAUUUUUUAACCCUCAGGGGUUCAAUUUAUUUAAUUAAUUUAAAUAUUUUAUAAUUAUAUAUUUUGUUAGCUGGGGUGGGUGGGAGUUAUGGGAAAAUGGGGAAUUUACUGUUAGUGCUGCUUACUGCUAGUUAGGGGUUAACGGUAAAAAAAAGCUUAGAAAAAUGUUAAAUCUGUAUAAAAAAAAGUUUUAGGAAAGUUAAAAAAAAUUAAUAAGCAAAACAAAAGUUUAAAAACUAGUUUUUAAAAGUAAAAAAGUUUAAAAAAAAAAAAACAUUUUAAAAACGCUCAUUACCACUACACCUGGAACAAACUAGAGAAAAAAAUUAUCCAACGCUAAGGUUCAAAAUAUGCCUUUUGAAUUACCUUUUGUAUUCUUUAAUAAAUAGUAUGUGUUUGUGGGGAAGUUUCAAUAACCAACAAUCUAAACUACUCCAAAUUGGAAUAUGGAUACAGCGUAAAACUUCAAAGUUAGAAAAAAAAAAACUGGCUGCGUCUCAAAUGCGCCCCUUCAACAUCCACAUAUACCUGGCAAAGGUACAUACGGGGGUAUUGCUGUACUCGGGCAACAUAUGAAGUAUUAUACAGUCGUAGCACACAUAAGGUUUGCAAAAUAUACUGUGCAAACUCACUUUGUGUGUCAAAAAGGCAGAAAAACGCUUAUUACCACUACACUUGGUACAAGCUAGCGGAAAAAUUAUCCCACACUAAGGUUCAAAAUAUACCUUUUGAAAUACCCUGGGGUGUCUACUUUAAGAAAUGGUAGGCCUUUGUGGGGUAGUUUGAAUUUAAGCCCUGCUAAGAUGCUUGGAAAUUGCACAUAGGCCCGGCGUCAAAAAUCAAAGUUCGGUAAAAACGGAUAUGGAUUGGUCUCCUAUAUGGCACUGUAGCUUCACAAAAUAGUGCCAAAGACAUUCAUUGGGGGUGUCUUUUUACUCAGAAGACUCGAGCAUAAUCUGGGGGGGUUGAACUUAGUGGCACAUGUGAAAUAUACAAAAUGCCCAGCAAAAAUGCAAUCCAUAUGUAAAAAAACGCACAAAAUUCUUUCACAUACUUUGGCAUAUAUUGGUGAAAAAAUGGGGGCAUGUUAAGGCACAAUAUGCACCUUAUGAGAUACCCUGGAGUGUCUACUUUUACAAAUGGUAGGCCUUUGUGGGCUUUUUUGAACAGUCAAACUGUUAUAAUACCCCAAAUGGAAGCAUAGGUUCAUUAAAUCCGUCUCUCAAAAUUCUCCUGUGAAUACUGAAAAGAACAGGCCUGUAACUUCACGAAAUAGUGCCAAAGACAUACAAUGGGGUGUCAUUUUACUCAGCAGAUGUAACUGAACACAAAAUAAAACUUUGUACAGGAAUAGCACACACCAACUUUACAAAAUACACAUGAGAAUUUCUUUGUUACAAGUUUGUGUGCCAAAAAACUAAAAAUUAAGCUUACAAGACAAACAUGCCAAAUUCUAAAAUCGCUCCACAUUGUUUACAUUGUUUAUUUUACUCCUUGUGCUUUGUGACCUGUAACUACCAAAAAAAAAAAAAAAUCCCAGACACAUUAUAUAUUCUGUAAAUCAGAAUAACUAAAUUAAUUUAUUUUUUAUUACUUUCCUUAACCUGCACUAAUUAUGCACACAUUAUUGCAAAAACUGUAAAAAACAUACAUUUUCAUAUUUUUUUUGCAUUUUUCUGUAUUUUUUUAUAAGUGUGUGUGUGUGUGUGUGUGUGUAUGUAUAUAUAUAUAUAUAUAUAUAUAUAUAUAUAUAUAUAUAUAAUAUGUAUAUUAUAUGUGUGUGUGUGUCUUUCAUCAAAUUAAAGCCCUUUCUGUCCUUUAAAAAACGAUCUAUAAUAUGUGUCGGUGCAAUAAAUUAGUAAAAUGCAAAUUGCGGUUGAAUGCAAACAGCAAAAAAUGCUAUUGUCAUUAAGUGAAAGACAAGCUUCUGAAGCUCUGUCCUUAAGGGGUUAAAAGCCAUCACAAAAAACAAAUUUGCACACAAGUAUUUAUGUGAAGUAGACAUUUCAGGUCAUUUACAUAAGGGUAUUUUGACAUUUUUUACAUAAACAUUCUACUGCCAAUCUCUGCUAAAUAUUGUAUGAAAAUUGUUUUUUUUUUUUGUUUGUUUUUUUUUCCCUACAUAAGUGACCAAGCUAUUUCAGUUUCCAUGGUUGGAUUUGAUGGACCUGUGUCUCAUUUUGGGUCAUUAUAGCAGUUUGACUGUUCACAUAAACCCCAAAGGCCUUCUAGUUAAGAAAACAAACUCCAGUUUGCUUUAUUUAGCGUAUAUUGUAUAUAAACUUGCAGCCAUUUUUUUCACCAAUUUAUCUCAAACAAAGUUAUUUCUUUCCAUACUUACAUUUUUGUUGGAUAUUUUGUACAUUUGAUAUGUGCCACUGUGAUAAAAUCCCCCAAAUUGUGCUCAGUUACAUCUUCUGAGUAAAACAAUAUGUCCAAUGUAUGACCUAGACCAGGGGUAGGCAACCUACGGAACGAGUGCCAUGCACAGCACUCAAGGUGUAUUUCUACGGUACUCAAGGCUGUUAGAGCCAAACGGGCUCUGUCCUAUCAGGAGUCUCAGUGACACUUCAGAUAUCUGCUAAUACGAAAAGGUGGUGAAGAACAAUCCUCAAUUUAUGUAUUGCAGCAUGUAGAGAAAGUAAUAAUAGAUCACUUCUUCCCAGCACUUGUGAAUGGGAAUCCACACUGGAGUAAAGCAGCCCGCAGCGGUUGUUGCAGCUCCUGUCCUUGACCUGUACCUGACCAGCAUGGUCCACGCUGGACCCCAGGGAAGCCACCCACACUGCUAGGUAAACACAGAAAUGCAGAAUAACCCUCCCCUCAUACAAAUACAAACCGCCCACACACAAUCCGCACAAACUCAACACCACUAACAAUCCACAUACAUGCACACAACCCCACAUUGCAGCCUCUCACAUACAAUACCCCAAACAGCCCCUCACAUACACACUACCAAAUACACAAUGUGACAAAUCCAUCCAUUCACACACAAUUCCACAAGUAGCCCCCAUACAAAGCCCACAUUCCUAGGUAUCUUACACGAUACCACAAACGACUCAUGAACAUAUACAAUAUAACAGCCCACAUACGCACAAAUACAAAGCAAUUACAGUAUAAAUAACACAAGCAGAAUACGGUAACAUACACACCUCAAUUUAAAAAAAUAGGACCGGGACAUCAGAAUCCUAUUUCGGCACAGUGCUGCUAAAAGGUUGCCUAUUCCUGACCUAGACACUAUUUUGUGCUGUAAAAGAGAUGACCACUUCAUAUUUAAAGCGGCACUGUCAUGGUCAAAAGGUUUUGUGGUUUUUUUUUUGUUUCUUUUUUAACCCCCCCUUGUGACUACACCACAUCUAACUGACAGGUGGAAGCUGUUGCGUAUGGGUAAGCGUGCAUCUAGUGGGGCUAGUUGUUGACUGUCAGGAAUAGUGAUAUUGUGGUUAGAUGGCUGAUCUAGUUAACUUGGAAAUCCUUAAGGGUGAGAAUGUAAAGGUCGAUGUGUAUGACAAGGUCGGAGUUGACUUCAUAUGGUGUACCAUUGUGAUUUCUCUGGGCCCCUGAGAAACCUGUGGAAGGCAAUGUAAAUAGUUACUUGGUAACAGUGUUAUCUUUACUAUCGAGUGGUUUGGUAUCCGAUACAUCGCAUAGGCUCCUGAACAUAUGUUCGGUUAUUCGUAGUCUAAUUGAUGAAAGAGAAUGUCCUGUUUGUGAUGCCUUAGGAGGUUGUUGUAAUGGAAUAUGAGGAAAGAAAUGGAGUAGGAUUGGGAAAAGUAAUGAGGUAGUGAUGUAGUGUUCUUGAAAGGUAAGAAUUAAUAAUGCUAUGUGUUAUUUGUAAAUGGUAGAAAGGCCAAAAGGUCAUCAUGGUCUUGUAGGGAUUACCUGCGAAGGGACGCUCAAACUUAACAUACUAAAAACUGUAACUUCCUGACGUAAGGUUUUUGGCAUGCAUAGAACGAAUGUAAUAGAAUAGUUACUGUGCGAGUAACAUAAAUCCGUAACCAGUCAGGGUUUUGUCGGCUGUAUGUUGAUGGUGGGUGCAAGUAGAACAUUGUUGAAGUUGAGAUCGGGAUAGCCUGACUGCUGUUAAUUUAUGUCUCCGUCCCCACCCAUUCCCCCCACUUGACCAGCGUCUGAACCUAAAGGUUGGUUCUUUAUCCUCGUACCGGGGUUUGAAACAUAUCGUAUUUGAACCUAUCUUGUUAACCAACAUGGUCUCUAUGAGAGAGACCUGAAAAGUACACCCUACAGAGAUUGGACAAACAGAUUACUAUGAAGCGUGCGUAGAUAAUAGGAAAAGUGGAAGGAAGGAUGUAACUCCACUUACCCUUAGUAAUAUAAAGGUGCGCGUAUAUAAUGGAAAGGCCUGACUUUGACCUAUGAGUAAUAAAUGUAAAUCUGAUAAUCUAUAGCGUACGAGAUUACAAUAGCCAGUGACGAUUAGGGAGAACAAGGGAGGUACUUCUAUACAAACAUAACAGCCAACUUGAGAGAAGUCGAUUCCCCUUAGACAGAAAACAUAGAGAAAGAGCGUAAAUCAUCAUGAAAGCAUAACUUGAUUGAAAUGGUAGAAUAUAUACCUAGGGUGGACCAUGCGUGGGUCAAGUAUAAAGGGCCAAGCCUCUUGACGUCCCGAAAAUAAGGGGUUGUUGCAUACCCGAUAGGUGACAUCUAAAGGUCCGAAUUGAAAUACUGUAUAAAAGCAGGAGGAGUACAUUAUACAAUGAAAAACUGGACAAUGCCGAACAAGUGCGCCAUACAGGCCCAUGGUAAAAUUGUUGUAAACAUAUGCAUGACAAACCAACAAAUACGUUGCAAACAAUUUAGGGGUAAAUAAAGUGGUCGACUGGGGUAAUACUGUUGAAAAAGGAAGAUUGGUAUAAGUGACUAGAAUUAACCAGGUGACAUACAUUUAACAGCAUAUAAUAUGAAAAUAGACCAUACAGCAUUAUGUCAUAAAUAAAAUUCUAAUAAUGUUUAAACUGUAGAUUGUAUGUGAAUUGUGAACCUGCAACAAGACCCUAUUUGUUGGCAGGUAAUUGCCCAACACAUAGACCCGUGUUGGCCUAAUAUGAAUUUGGGAUAGUACGGAGACGGAUAGGGGAGUAGUGCUGUUGGGGAGAAAAGAAAUUUAAGUAAUUAAAACAAAGUAAACGAGAACAUAUGGUGAAAGUGUUUGUGGAACGUAAAACGUGUACAGACAAUUUUGGCAGUAUUGUCCACAAGCUAAAAAAAAAAGUAUUGGACGUAAACCAAUACCAACAACCCUUACGUAACGACUAAAUCUAAAGCAAAAUCACAUUUUGCAGGAAAAAACCCUAUGUAGAAUUGGCGUUAAAUGUGUAAGGUGAACAUAUAUGCCAGUUAAAAUAAUUGUCGUUUAACAGAGUGUGUGUGUGUGUGUGUGUAUAUGUGUGUAUGUAUGUAUAUAUUCUAUCCAAGUUUGAGCCUGAUGUAACUUUAAUCCAGUUGGUUGUGACACUUAACCAAAUAGGGGACUAAUUAGAAUUGCGUAUAAGUCAAAAUGGCUAAGAGAGGACCUAAUACUGUAUGUGGAAAGAGGUAUCUCUGUGAUGCUAUGAAUGACUGAAAUAGGCUGAUUCCUAUAGUGAGUUAACUGAAUUACUAGCGUGAGCCGCUCUAGAGCAUGACCAGCUUGUUCCGGGUAUAUGCAACCUUUUCAGCCGUGGUCGGAAAGAUGGUGCCUCCAUGACUUUAAGCUCAAAGCCAAAUUUAAGCAAGGUCCAGACCUCAGGGCCUUUGAGAGUGGCGGGGACAGGGGAUUCUACAGGGUACCUGGGAUGACAGCGUUUUAGUGUCUGAUAGAGAGAGAACGUCACCUGGAACUAUUUCUUGCAGCAUCCUGUAAGGAAACUAAUGAGUUAACCAUGCAAAACUUUGAUGUAAAUUAAUAAUAUCCCUUAUGUAGAGCUGACUCGCUAACUAGUGCAGAGAGGCGAAGAAAUGGAUUUAAACCCAGUGACUGGUGAGGCCCUACUACUUGCUUAUGCGAGCGGCUCUACCUAAUGAUUUGGACCAUGUGGGUUCGUAGCUUCAAUGCGUUGUAGCGAGGUGUUGGCCUCUCAGUGACUGUAAAAGAAUAAAUACGUGUGGCCGUGACGUGAGGCCCUGGCUAUAACCCUGCAGAAGAUUAUCCGAAGCACUAACUAAGUUGGGCAAAACCUCCGUAUUGAGGUCGGGAGUUGACCUCGUGGGACCGGUAUGUUUUAUUUUAUUUUUUAGACUUAGGACAGUUUCUAUCCCUAAAAGCCAGUUCUUACCCUAGGCGGGACUUGUCUCUUUGUGAAUGAGUGUGAACGUAAACAUACAUGCGUGAACAAACUUGAUAGAAUCAGAGAGAGGAGGACUGGAAAAAGGCACAUGAUGAAACUGCCGAUUGUGAUGUGAACCGGAAAAUAGAAGGGAAAUAAAAUGACUAACAGAAGGGGGAAAAUGUGCCCUUUAUGUGCAGAACAUGUUUGAUUGGUAGCCCAAAGCAUGCAUUUAAUUCUCAUUUUUUCAUUGGGGUAUAUCUAAACUCAGAUUACAAAAGUAAAAAAAUAAAAAAAAUUAAAAAAACUCAUGUAGGCUUUCCAAGACCUUCCAUUCUAACCCACACUUUGUGUGGCUGUUCCAUCACAGACUUCCCAAUGCAGUUCAAUGAGCACACUAGGCAAGGCAGGUGCUCUGAGCAAUUGCUGCCUCUUGGGCUUUGCUCCACUGAGGAAAUAAUAGCCAGGGGGUAUAACCAGAUUAAUUUGUAAAUGUGCCUAUUUCUGUUGAUAUCUGCUCCUUUUUGUAAGAAGAAAAAAAGAGGGGGGCAGACACCUAUUUGGCACCUAAACCAUUUCUCCACGCUAAAGAGACAUGUCAGAUCCCUUAAAUCACUUCAAAGAUUACAUGGUCAUAACUACCCAUAAUUUUUAAAUAACUACUCUUAUUUAUGUAAAAUUAUUAAUUUAGUUUUAAUUUCAAAUGUUAAAGAAACUGAUAAUUUUAUCUUAACUUUUUUUUUUUUCUCCUAUUUUUAGGUCAAUUCCUUGAUUUGCAGAAUAAAGUGAAGAAAUGUUCUACGCACAUUUUGUUCUCAGCAAGCGAGGGCCGCUAGCCAAAAUUUGGCUAGCGGCCCACUGGGACAAGAAGCUGACCAAAGCUCAUGUGUUUGAAUGCAACCUGGAAAGCAGUGUGGAGAGUAUUAUUUCACCAAAGGUAUGUCUGGUUUCAUUUUUUUGUUUGUUUAUUAUUCUCAUGUUUAUUAUGAUCUGCUUGUUUUACCUCUCUAUCUUAAUUGCAUUAUAUAUUUUGUGUGGCACAAACAUUUGGCAUUUGUCUUUUUAUAAGUUGAAAUACUGCAAGCUUGUUAGUUGCUGUUUCUUCUUACUCGGUGUUUGGUGUUCAUGCAUUCUUAGAUAUUUGCAUGAUACACCUAAGGCAUCCUAAUUAAAGUAUACCUUGAUGCUUUAGCUGUAAUAACAUGGUCUGUCAAUUAUAGGUAAAGAUGGCGCUUCGAACCUCCGGACAUCUUCUCCUGGGUGUUGUAAGAAUCUACCACAGGAAAGCAAAGUAUCUCCUUGCCGACUGUAAUGAAGCUUUCAUCAAAAUUAAGAUGGCUUUUCGCCCUGGUGAGCACACCUUUAAAUGUAUUUUUUUAAGGAUUUUAUGUGGGUUAUUUUGUAAGUGUACGUUUUUCAUAGUUAUUGCUAGUGAUCUACGGAAAGCAGCAAUCUGUUAAAUAUAAUUUUUAACCUCUUUCUGUAGGGCUAUAUAAUCCUUUACUAAAUGUUAAAAAGGAUUGUUCCAUAUGAAUUUAGGGCAUAGUUGGACAUUAGCAGAAGUUACAUGUUCCUUGUAUUAGACUUUUUAGUCAUAUAAAACACAUUUCAUUUUUGUUAAAUAGUCUUUGCAAAAGCUCAAAGUUUUAAUUAAUUCACAUUUAGUCUUCUUCUAAAUCCUAAUUCUUUGGAAGCUCACGUCCACUGUUCACGGUGAAUUAAAUUUGCAAGCUUGCACAUUAUGGGCAAUUGACUAGAGAUUUACACGUAAGCUGGUUUCUCAUUUCAGUGAUGGGAAUAAUGAGAAUUUAUUCUCUGGAUGGUAGAUGCCUACUAUUACCCAGUUUGUUUGACAAUGGAACAUAGGUUUGUUCUUGCCUCCACUGUUUAUACCAGGACUGUAGACACUUUACUUUGUGGGGGGGGGAAAGGCUUUUCCCAGAACUUCUUUAGUUAAUACCAUGCAUUUAACAGUAGUUAAAAUAUCUGGACUGGACUUGACGUGACUACCUGUGUGGGAAUAACUUUUCUCAUCCAUAAUAUAUUUUAUUUUCAUUCUUAGAAAGUUUAGCUUCUCAUUAUUGAAAUCUGGUGUUUUGCAAAUACAGUUCCAUCAUUCUAUGAGUAUUACAUGGGUGUUAACCCUUGACUUAAUAAUUUUUUAGGUGUUGUGGAUUUACCGGAGGAAAAUAGAGAAGCUGCUUACAACGCCAUUACACUUCCAGAGGAGUUCCAUGACUUUGACCAGCCUCUGCCAGAUCUAGAGUAAGCAAAGAGCUACUUUUACUCGGUUUUGUUUUGCUCAUACUUACAUGAUUGGCAUUGUUUAUUUUGAGAUUGCAAAACUUAUUUAGUUUUUCUUUUGAGACCCAUAAAAGCAGUGUGUUUAACUGUUUUACAUGUAUCUAUUAAAAGAUUUAGCUGUGAGUAGAAUAUUUGCAGCUAAUAUGCUGAAUCUGAUAGGGACCUAAAAAGCUAAUACUCGGUUAUUUAAAGGGCCAGUCUUCUGCCCAAAUAAAUAAAAAAAAAAUCACUGUUUGGCAAAUACACCCCCAAUGAAAACAUGCAUGCAUUUAAUUAUGCAUUUUUUCAUUGUUGGUAUAUUUAAAAACUGCUUGCAAAAUUACUUGUCUGAAGCCUUUGCAAGCCCAUACUUUCUGUGCCUGUCCAGUCAGACUUCCCAAUGCAGAUCAAUGAAGUCUUGCAAGGCACAUGCUCUGGGCAAGUGCUACUUCCUGGUAGUUUAGCUCAGUUGAGCCAAACUCAGGAUGCAACAUGACCUGUUGUCUGACAGCCCAAGGGGGUGUGACGAGGUUAAUCUAUACAUUUGCAAUUUCUACUGACAUCUGUGCUUUUUGUAAAAAGAGGACACGCUCUUCUUGCAUAAAGCUAAAGUGCUUUAGAUGUUUGGAGUGAUCCAUUAAAUUAAAAUCAAUACCUUUUUGGGGUUCUUUGAAAAUGCAUAGAAAAAGGUCUCUCAGCCAAUGAAUGGUCAGCUGGAUCAGCAUCGGGAUCUGCAGAAGCUGGAUGCAGGUCACAGCUAACCGUAGAGGAGGAGAUAUGGUGCUCGGCAAGUCCAGAGAAGAGUAAAAAAACUUGCAAAAUGGUUAGCCCUAUUACUAGGAAACAUGCCAGUGUACUCGUGGUGUCAUAACCACUACAGCAAGCUGUGUAUGUUUGUAAUAAACUGGUGCAUUUCUGAGAAAGUUUAGUGUGGUGUGUAAAACAAUAUAAGGCUGUGUGCUUGGAAGAGUCAGUGAGAAAAUUUAGGUGUAUAUGCACAAACCACAGGUGCUUUGAGGGUCAGGUUUGUGGUACAGAUGUACUGGGGGGCUGUGUCAAGUGGCGUUCUGAAAUGUUCCACUUUUAGUUCCUUAAAUUCAGACUUUUUAUAAAUAACCUCCAUAGUAGUGGAAAGGGGGGUAGCAUUUGUGAAGGGGAUUCUUGCCAUAAUUCUACAGUAUUUAAUAUUGAAUCACUGAGAAUACUAUUUUUUUUUUUUUUUAAAGAACAUGGUCCUCUACAAAUAUUCGUUUUUGUGAAAUUUUCAGUGUCAUUUUUGCAUGUUAGCUGAAAUAUUCUAUAGCUGUGCUGAUUGUAUCAGUGCCAGUUGUUGAACAAAUAUAUGCCUGUAUGGUAUACUUUGCCUACUAGAUAAGCAAGCAGUUUUCUUUCUCCAUAUCCAGUGGGCAAACUUCAAAUAAACCUAAUCUUGUUCAAAGAAACCAUUGCAAACCUUUUCCUUGAUUCACUGCUGUCAGAUCACCCAUUCUACAGCUUGUUAGUGUAUUGUUCUUUGAAAUGUUUACACCUUAUUGCAGUUUGAAAGGUUCCUGUAAGUUGCUUCUAGUGUGCUCUGAACAAGUGGCAUAAAUAUAACGAGCACUGCAAAACUGCAUUGAAGGUAAAAAUAACAUUGUAUCUAACAUGCAACACUUUUUUUUUUUUUUUUUUUUUCUUGUUACAAGUGAUAUUGAUGUGGCUCAGCAGUUCAGUCUGAAUCAGAGCAGAGUAGAGGAGAUCACAAUGAGGGAAGAAGUUGGUAACAUCAACAUCCUUCAGGAUAACGACUUUGGUUGGUAUUGGUUUUUAUAUAAAUGUGUACCUAAUUUGGUGUGUUUUAUGAAGUCUGUUUAAGGAUAUUUGUAUAUUUCCAAUCUAAUUCAGGGUAGAUAUGCAGAUUGUGCCAAACAUGCGCUGUGAAUGGCAUAUAUAUUUUAUUUAUUUUUUUAUUUUACAAAGCAGUGUUGGAUAAUUUUGCAAAAAGAAAAGUUCAAAAUGAAACAUCAUAGGAUAACACUUUGUUUCAUUUUUUUUAAUAGUUUAAGUAAAUUAUUUAGCAUUGAAGCCCGUGUGGACAUCAGCUCAAGACAAAUGUACCUUUGCUUGCCUCUCCCCUCCUCUGUCUAAUGCAAACUUGAAAACUCUAAACACAGUUUUGCUUGUGGAUCACUAGUUUUCACAUAUAUGCCCCAGAGGGCUAUGAUGGUCCUAAAUGUCAUCUAAUUUUUCCUAUUGUCUUGACUGUAUCCCAUUUAGCUCUUAACUGAAGUUCUAAUGAAUAUCUGCCUUCCUGACAGAAUAGUAUUGGUGUUUUAUCCAGGUCGAGCGCUGCAGUCUGACACCCUGCUCUUGUUAAGACCACCCUGCUUAAUGAAGUGGUCUGGGUGCCUGGUCCAGCUAAGGUUAACCCAUUUUUUCAUAAACAUAGCAGUUUCAGAGAAACUGCUAUGUUUAUGAAUGGGUUAAGCCUUCCCCUAUUUCCUCUAGCGGCUGUCUCGUUGACAGCUGCUAGAGGCACUUGCGUGAUUCUCGCUGUGAUUUUCACAGUGAGAGCAUGCCAGCGUCCAUAGGAAAGCAUUAUGAAUGCUUUCCUAUGUGACCGGCUGAAUGCGCGCGCAGCUCUUGCCGCGUGUGCGCAUUCAGCCGCAUGGGAGGAGAAUCGGAGGAGGAGAGCUCUCCGCCCAGCGCUGGAAAAAGGUAAGUUUUAACCCCUUUCCAGAGCCGGACGGGAGGGUGUCCCUGAGGGUGGGGGCACCCUCAGGGCACUAUAGUGCCAGGAAAACGAGUAUGUUUUCCCGGCACUAUAGUGGUCCUUUAAGGAUCCACAGGCUUCACAUAUAACGUAGAGCUCUGCUCCAUAAUUUGAUUACAAAGAACUGUUUUCUAUUGUGUAUAACUUGUUCGAAUUAAAUCUAUUCGUGUUUUUCUUUGAUUGUAUUUGAAUUAUCUGUGGUUACAGGUGAUUUUGGAAUGGAUGAUCGUGAGAUGAUGCGAGAGGACAGCGCAUUUGAGGAUGAUAUGUUGGUGAGCACAAGCACUUCAAACCUCUUGUUAGAGCCGGAGCAAGGCACCAGUCAACUAAAUGAGAAGACUAACCACCUGGAAUACGAUGACCAGUACAAAGAUGACAAUUUUGGCGAAGUGACCGAUGGUGGAAUUUUAGGUAUUUAGGAAUCUAUUGCUUACAAGGACUGUUCUGUGUAAUUCUGGUACAUGUUAUAUAUUGGUGAUGUAUUACAACUUUCUGAACAACCAGAAAAUGCUACAAGCAAGUAAACUGCAAACUUAGAAUGCAUGCUAUAAAUUGGUAAUCUUGUAGCAAAUCUUAGAUUGUGUGUAGGGGAACAUUUAAAAAAAAAAAAGUUUGGAGGGCACAUAUGUACGGCUGACCUGAUUUUAGAAGAAAGGUAUAAACAUUUAUGUACAAACUGCCUUGCCAUUUCUCCCUACAUCAUAUACACACAGCAUUUUUUGUAAUGAAGUAUGGUCACACACACCGUGGCCCUGAAAAAAUCAUAUUUUAUAAAGAUAGAAUAUUUAUUACAUACUCAUGUUGACUGUAUUGGAAUUUCACUGGAAUUACAACCCAGUCAAGAGAUAUACUGAGACAGAGGGGACUACUUUGUCGCUAUAUAUUUUGUGCGCCUCACACUUCUAAACACUGGGCGAAGCUAUGCUGUCUAGAAGAGUCAUUGGUGCUGAAGCAGACCUGCCAAAGGAAGAUGGCCACGCCUGCAAUAGUUUCAGGUAAGUAAAAAUACACACCACCCACCUCAGCGGCCAUGUUACCAUUUGGAGGUAUUCGUGAAUUUUUCAAAUCCUCAAUUUGACAGUGCUGCUUUAAAUUAAGGCAUGUAUUUGACUUGCUGGUAUGUGAACCCAGGAGUAUAGUGUAUGCGUUUGCACAUAGGAUCACUGUAUGAGUACACCUUUCAACUCUGUUACUAACCCACUACUUGUUCCCAGCCUACCAGGGCACAUAGGAAGUGAACUCUCUUGAUAUCUAUGCUAAACAUUUGAAUUGUUAAGCAUUUGUUUACGCAAUACAGAGUAAUUCAACAUAUUGACUGCAGUGCUUCAGAAUAAUAAGUUGCAUAAAUUAGUGAAUGUCUCUAAAAUUGCAGACACCAUAGAUUGUCUGUCAUGGUUUGACAUUUAAAUCUUCUAUUGUCAUAUCUUGAAUAGUAGUGGUUAUGGUAAUGGCAGAGACCUUAAUUACAAUUUGUCCUUAGUCUUAAAAUACUGUUCGUUUGAAAUAUUUACUAUGUGCAUAUUCUUUUUCUCGCAGAUGACAAACUUUUGAGCAAUGACGGUGGAGGCAUCUUUGAUGAUCCACCUGCUAUUCCUGAAGAGGGUGUUGCUAUGCCCGAGCAGCCUGCCCACGAUGAUGACUUGGAUGAUGAUGAUGAUAAUGUUUCUAGUGGCUAUAUUCCCUGUAAGCAAGUAUAACAAAAUGUGUCGUGUGUCUACCAAAGCCAGCUGUAUUCAGUUUUUGGAUACAUUUGUAAGUGUUGAGCUUGUUGAUGGUGCAUUCUUUUAUAUUUUUUGCCUGAGUGAUAUUAUUUUUUACAGUGGGAGGACCAGAUAGCCCAGAUUCUGUAGACCCAGUGGAACCCCUGCCAACUAUGACAGACCAGACUACAUUGGUUCCUAAUGAAGAGGAAGCAUUUGCCUUGGAACCAAUUGACAUCACAGGUAACUUUUUAUUUCUCUUAACAAAAACAUACAUUUAUAAUUCACAUUUAUAUUUCACACUAUAUUGAAUUUUUUUUAAUUUUAUUGUAUCCAUUUAGAUACAUUUUGAUUUAACAUCUGGCUCUUCAGCUUUUAUGUAGUGCGUUCUUAUGCACAUAAGACAAGAUAUAAUUGCUCUGCGCCUUGGUGUGGCAAUAGUAGCUUAGAAAGGGGGAUUCAGCCUUGGAUUACAGUGUUUAUAAUUUCUUUACCUUGUGGAGCCCCAUGUUGCUACAUCCAGCAACAUAUAUGGUAUUACAAUUUUCAAAUAAAGCGUUGGAGGCAGUCUGGGCACCAAGUUACUUCCUAAUGUUGUGUUUUUGGUGUUUAGAUGCUGACUUUUUAAUCGGCAGUGUUUAUAUUUGUCACUGCAGGCCAUUCGUUUAAGACUGACUGACCACCUGGCACCACGAAUGGGUGCCUUAGCUAAUCGCUGCUUCCUAGUAUCCUGGAGUACUAUAAGCAUCGCACCGGACACCAUAAGCACCGAAGCCCCUUAGCUGCUGUAGCUUGGCUGGGGCUCUCGCUGUCCUCCACCCACCCUGGACCCAAGCCCAGGAUCCAGCUUCCAGUGUGUGGACCUCUCCUACUCCAGAGAGUAUAGCUGUGUAGCCCUUACAAGGGAUAGUGAUUAUAGCCAGUAUAGCAAUCUGAAGCUGGUAUAGCUGUUCCCUACAAUCAUGAGAUGAGGCUGCGUGUUGAGGGUGAAAUGAACUGACUUUAUUGGGACCACACUUGGCCUUUGACAGUCCCCAUGCAAGGGGCACUCCCCCCUGGACUGGAGAGUAAUCCACAAUAGAAACAAAUACACAAUCACAAACUAGGUCAAUUCCAUCCUUUGUACCUAGGAGAUAAUUGAGUCAAGUACUCUAUUAACUCUGUUAUCUCCAGACACAAAAACACCCAUUUUUAUAAAACCCCCACAGUUACAUCACAUGGUAACCCCGAUCUGGGUGAACAACAUAUCCAGGAAUUUCCUGGUAGUCAUAGUUUUGGCUAACCGCAUGCAUGGUCCCAUGCCCAAAUUAGUUCCAUAGAAUCACAAGUAAAGUGCCACUGGGGGACCGACCGGGAACCGCAAAGUUUUCAUGCUGAAAAUAGUUCCAGGGCAUUUGCGGUUAAGUCCCCGGGAAGUCUAUUCGCUGUUUUGGUCCAUGCGAACGGCUGCCAGUGAGCUAGCGUUCAGUUCUAUGGAAACUGCCAAACCAGGGGGAAUAAAAUAUGGGUCAUUAGUCGCUGACCUGACCCAUAGUCUUUUGGCAGGAGGCUGGCAAGCAGGCCCUUCCAAAAGUCCAUAGCAAAGUUCUGUUCACCACAAAGACCUACAUUGCAUUUGGUUUCAAAUCAUAAUGCCAAACACCAGUCUAUAAGAAACCUCUGAUUUGAAGAGUUUUGCAAUUGCCACACAUGUGCCGAAGUCAGCAGUGCUUCUCUAUGUGAAGCAUUGGUUUGGGACAAAUUUAAUCCUGAUAAUCUCAUCGUGGGAGGAGCUGCUACAGCAAGGAGAUUGUCCCAGUGCUGGAUUACUGAGACAGCUCUUAAAUAACUAAGACUGGACCACACAAACAAUGCCAUGUCAAAUGACCGGUAUAUAUUCUCUGCAAAUUUAGCAUAAUCCAAAUUCACAUCGGCAAAACUUUUAAAAGGAAGAUGUAAAAACAAUACUUUUAUCUUUGACAUUUGUGUUAAACAGAAAAAUCACUUUUCCAUCUCUUCAAUUUUUAGUCAAGGAAACCAAGGCCAAGAGGAAAAGGAAGCUGAUUGUGGAUAGUGUAAAAGAGCUGGACAGCAAAACCAUUCGUGCCCAACUAAGUGACUACUCUGACAUUGUCACCACACUGGACCUUGCUCCACCUACAAAAAAAUUAAUGAUGUGGAAGGAGACUGGUGGUGUUGAAAAGCUCUUUUCCUUGCCUGCUCAGCCAUUGUGGAAUAUCAGGCUACUGAAGGUAUUGGGAUUCAUGUUUCUUUACAAAAUCUAAUCUCACUGCACUUAAACUUUAACAGAGUGAUGGCCAACAUGUAGUCCAAACUGUGUUGCUCUGCUUAAAUCCCCUGGUUUAACAUCAAACAUCUGAUCCACCCCAGCACUCUUACCUAAUUAAUACUAACAAGUUAAAAUUAAAUUGACAUUGAUAAUGCAGAAGUGUUAAUUCCACAUUAUAAAUGCAAUAAAGAUGGGUGGUCACUUGACACAAAAAAAGCCCUCAUAUCAAACCAUUACACAGUCUGAUAUGAAAGGGGUGUCAGUGGACUCUUGGUAAUCUAAACACUCUGAUCUUCAUGGCCUAUAUGAAUGUGCACAGAUUUAAUAGCUGGGUAUUGAGGUGUGCGAUAUAACUGCUAGAGUUGGGUGUUCUAUGUAUUGGGAUGUGCAUAAACAUGUUGGGAGGAUUACAUAUGUUUGUUAGAACUGGUGAAAACUGAUAGGGCAAAAAUCAUGUAACCAAUCGUAAGAUUCACCUCCUUGUUGUGCGUUUCCUUUGUGCUUAGCUUUUCACACGUUGCCUUACACCUCUUGUACCGGAUGAACUUCGAAAGAGGAGGAAAGGUGGUGAAGCUGAUAAUCUGGAUGAGUUCCUUAAAGAAUUUGAGAAUCCUGAAGUUCCAAGAGAGGAGAUAAGACAACAGGAUGUCAUUGGUUAGUAUUUGUUACUGUAAUGUUUUUCUCAACUGUCCUACUCGUUCAUGUAAAAUUGAAGCACAGAGCCCCUAACUCUCCUUGAUUUGGAUAUAUGCAAGUAAUUGUGUUACUGCCUUGUAGACCAGCCUAUUUUGGAAGAAGCUAGUCGUCUUCAGGAGUCUUUGAUGGAGGGAAGUAGAACUCAGCUUGAUGAGUCGGUAAUGCCACCACCACCACCACAGCAGGGAGUGAAACGCGAUUCCCAGCAAAUGGAACCAGAGCCUAUUGUGCCGGUAAGACUUUUCUUUCAAAGAAGUGACUGGCUGUUUUAAACAUUUAUGAGAACGUACCCAAAAGUUAAUUUGGCUUAACCCCUUAAGGACGGAGCCAAAUGUACACGUUGUGAACAAAACAAAAUGUAAACAAAACCUGGCAUUUGCGCUACAUGUUUGUCCAACCGUAAUUCAACUCUUUCAUAGUAAAUGCACCCACCCUUAUUAUAUAUCAUUUUGUUCAGGAGAAACAGGGCUUUCAUUUCAUAUCAAAUAUUUAUAUAUUGAAUAAAAUUUAAACUGUGAGAAAUAUUAAAUUUUUUAAAAAUUUUUUAGUUCCGCCUCACAUUUUAGCUGUAAAUGUCAUAAUACUGUUAGGUUUUACUGCAAAAAAAUGCACAUAUUUGUAAUCAGCGAUGUCUCAAGAGUACAACAGUACACCCCAUUAACAGGUUUUAUGGUGUUUUGGAAAGUUACAGGGUCAAAUAUAGAACAUUCCAUUUUCACAUUGAAAUUUGCUAGAUUAGUAAUGUUACCUUUGAGACGGUGUGGUAGCCCAGGAAUGAGAAUUACCCCCAUAAUGGCAGACCAUUUGAAAAAGUAGACAACCCAAGGUAUUGAACGUGGUCUUUUUUAGUAGCCACUUAGUCACAAACACUGGCCAAAUUUAGCGUUCAUAUGUUUUUUUGUGAAAAAAGCAAAAAAACUAAUAUUUGCCCAGUGUUUGUGACUAAGUGGCUACUAAAAUUGAUUGGACAUACCCCAUUUGCAAUACCUUGGGUUGUCUACUUUUGCAAAUGGUAUGCCAUCAUUGGGGUAAUGCUCAUUCCUGGGUUACCAUACGCUCUCAAGGGCAACAUAACCAAUCUAGCAAAUUUCAAUGUCAACAAAAUGAAAUGCAAGCCUUAUAUGUGACUCUCUAACUUUCCAAAACACCAUAAAACCUGUACAUGGGGGGUACUGUUAUUCUCGGGAGACUUCACUAAACAUAAAUAUUAGUGUUUUAAAACAGUAAAACAUAUUCCAACAAUAAUAGUCCAUAAACAUGACGUUCGUUUGUAAAAAAUGCAAACAACUUCACUUUUACUUAAAAUAUCAUCGUUGUAAUACAAUUUACCAGUUUGAAACACCAAUAUUUGAGUUCAGCGAAGUCUCCCGAGUAAAACAAUGCCCCCUAUGUACAGGUUUUAUGGUGUCUUGGAGAGUUACAGGGUCAAAUAUAGUGCUUGCGAAUUAAAUUCUCUGCACUUUCUCCCUGUGUUGUCAGGCAUGUCAAUCAAAUUUUAAUCAAAUCACCUAAUUAUGUUAAAAGAUUACUUAAAUAUACACGUAGAAUUUUAAUAUAUAUGCAUUUAUAGGUAUUUAAAUUCUACGUGUAUGCUAAUGUAAUUAUGUAUUUAUCUAUAUAUAUUUAUUUGCGGUUAUUUGUAUUUUAUAUAUAGAUAUAUAUAGAAUGUCAUUCUAAGUAUAUUUUGUUACAUAUAUAUUAACAAAAUACAGUUAGAAUGAAAUUACUUAUGAAUAUGUAAUUUAUAUUACAUUUUGUUUCAAUAUUUAAUUUAUUUUUAAUUUAUUAUUGUAAUUAUAUGUAUAUACAUGUAACGUCAUUCUAAGUGUAUUUUAAUAAUAUAUAGUUAUAUUAAUAUUAAAAUACAUUACAUAUGACGUUAUAUGUGUGUGUAUAUAUAUAUAUAUAUAUAUAUAUAUAUAUAUUUUUUUUUUUAUUUUUUAACAUGUUUAUUUUUUUACUACUUCCCACUAGCAGGGGGACUGUCUGACAUUUCAGACAGCCCCCAUGCUGGCAGAUCCACAGCCAGCUGUAGGGGGCCAUGUGAUCGCUCUUUGAGAGCGAUCACAUGGCUGCCUGGGCGGUCUGGCAGCCCUGCAGAAGAGGAUCGCGGCGGAGGUAAGUACCGCCGGUCCUCUGGGGCUCAAAGCCGUUACGGCGUUCUAUGCCGCCAUAACGGCAGAAAGGGGUUAAAGUGGUCAUUUCUCAUUGGGUGUUUGUUUUUGUUUUUUUAAAUAUUAUGAAAAAUGUUUGUUGCGUUGCAUUUUUGUUUAAAUAGUUAAAAAAAUAAAAUAAAAAUAUGCAUGAGACUAUAGACUAAUUUAUCUCAUAUGACAGUCAAUAAAAGAAUUUCCACUUGUCUACUCCUGCACCCAUGACAGCUGAUGGAGUGAAAUGAGUAUGCAGUAGAUGCUUCAUUGUGCAUGCAUGAGAAGAUCUUUCAUAGACCCUGUCUUUUUAUUCUUGCAAAAGGACAAGUCACCUGAGGAGUACUAAAAACCGAAAGGGACACUACUGCUUUUCAUUCAUUCUUGGUGCAAACAAAAGAAUUGGAGUGGCACAUACAUGAACCUGGUGCCUCAAGGGCAAGGCAGCCAACUCCACUGCAUACAAACAGAGGAAUGUUUUGGUACAUGUGAAAUAUGUGGCUAGGAAACUUUACCUACAGUGUUCAGCAACUGCUAUACAGCGUGGGUUAAAUAGGUUUCUAAACAUAUAUUUCCUAAAUGCCUCACUCCUUACUUUGGGAUAAAACAAAUAUUUUUAUAUUUUGUUUGUAAUGACUAGAAUUGAAGCAUUACAUUUCUCACUCUUAAUUUUUGUGCAUCAGGAACCAGAGCCGCAGAUAGAAUUGCCACCAGUGGAGCUUCCUCCAGAGGAGCCACAAAACAUCGGAGAUAUGAUCCCCGACCUCAUACCCGAGAAGGAAAAGGAUAAAGACAAAGAGGAGGAGGAAGAGGAGGAGGUACUGACAUGUCUGCGUUUAAGCUCACAAAUAACUAAUCUUAUCUUUACAUUACAUUUACAGUUGUAAACCCAGCAUUUGGGGGGGCGGUGGGGCUACCCUUUUUAUCCAGUUAUAUAUUUAAUCUGCCUGCUGCUUUGUUGUAUUUUGUAAUUGCUGAUUGAUUUUUACACUUGUUUAUUUUGUAUUCUACUUAUCCAUACUUACUCCACCCCACACAUUAAUAGACUGUCCCCAGUUGUCUUAAGCUGCUGCUUGUCAUUGUCUUAUAUCACAAUAGUACACUGUAAUCUUUCCACCAAGCCAGCUUAAAACAUCUGUGGCUUUUAACAUCUCAAUAAAGAAUCUGCUAUGUAAAAUAUUUUUUCAGAAUGAGACACGAGACCCAUUUACUGUGUACCAGACAAGCAGGUAGUUUAGUACGAGUGCCUGGUGCUCUUGGGACAUUGAGAAAUAUGAAUUAAUUUUCUAGUUCAGUUGUUAUCCCAUGAAUAUUAAUGAGGUCUCGCAGCUGGUUUUCUAACUGCUGUUUUUGUUGCUGCAGGAGGAAGAUGCCACAGGGACUGAGCAGGAUCAGGAGGAGAGACGAUGGAAUAAGAGGACUCAGCAGAUGCUGCACGGGCUCCAGGUACUGUCGUUUUUAGCUUUUGUUGCUCAUUUUCCUAUUCAUAAGCAGUACAACCAGUUCCCUAAUGCACACUUCAUGCAACAGUGUGACUUGUACAUUAUUGUCCUUUAUAUUGCACUUUUCAUGUAAAAAUUGCGCAUUAAAUUGAAUAAUAAUUAACGUUGUCUUGCAAGUUUCAGUGUAUCGUUUAGCCAGCAACUUUUUGACUCUAGACAAGUCUGUUAAACCUCGCUUGACAAAGACUUGCCAAGAAUGACUUCCCUUUGCCAUAAUUACAAUGUAACUUUAUAGAAUUUUUAAAGUCUCAGCUGGGUCUUGAUCUACAGCUCUCUCUCCCUGCUGGUGCUUUGCACAAUUUGAUAUCCUGCAGUACAUGGCUUACCUGUCUUUUAUCUCGUAAUGCGUCAUGUUACCAGGAUUUUUGUGGCUUUGUUUUUUGUAUGCAUGUUUUUCCCUCUGCUCCGUAAAGAAGGAACGUAAAUGAUGCUUUGGCAGUAUGUGAUUACGUUCUUGCUUUAAAAUUACCUAUUAAUGCUUUGCCAUUUCUAAUGCCGCAACUUUUUUGUUUUGCAGAGAGUUUUGGCUAAAACUGGUGCCGAAUCAAUUAGUCUGCUAGAACUGUGCAGGAAUACAAACCGCAAACAAGCUGCAGCAAAGUUUUACAGUUUCCUUGUCCUUAAAAAGCAGCAAGCUAUCGAGCUGACUCAAGAGGAGCCUUACAGUGACAUCGUAGCCACUCCAGGACCAAGAUUUCAUGUUGUGUAACUUGAUACUCUUGAGCACAUUACAUCUGAAUAUCCCCAUGAACCUUUUAUAUAUGCUGGAGCCAGGUGCAUAGCAUGGCAGAGCACUGUAGUAAAAGCUUCUCCAACACCCUAUGGUUAAAACCAUUUGUUGGUGAUAUUGCUAAUGGUCUUAUUUUAAUAUAUGUACAAAGUUUUUUUGUUUUAGUUUUUUCUCUCAAGUGUGACAUCUAUAUUUUUAUGGGAUAUAAAUGUGGUAUGGGUAUAUUUUUAUUUUCUUCCGUCUCCUCCAGAUUUUGCCCAUAGAUGCUUUUUGAGACGAUACUUGGUAACCUUAGGGACAGUUUCGCGCAGUAUUGGUCUUUCUAGAACCAAUGUUCAUGUAACGGAAGUUUUUCACAUCCUGGUUGCACCAGCUGCAGGACAACAGUUUGUAUCCCGUAGGAUCCAGGUUUUCUUUGCUAUUUUCGUAGGGAAAUCUAUUUAGAUGAACAGGUUUUACUUAAUGCCUCCUAAAUAUUUUUCCAGUUGGAUUGCAUUGUUUUAUACUGUGUACAUUUUAAUGUGCUUUAUUUUUAUUUUUUUUAAUUGCAAAGUAACACUUUUGAAAAGUAGUUUUAAAUCUUUAAAUAUACAUCCACUGUUCCAGGAAACUCUAUUGGGCAAGUGGAAUCCAUAGUAAAGAUUACUUCUCAAAACACAUUUCAGAAGUUCUAUGCCAGUGCUUUAAAAAAAAAAAAAAGUAACUAUAAAGUGAAGUUUUAAUUUACUUAUUUUUUAUGUAAAGUUUCUUUAUGAAACCCUCCCAGCAUUUUUUUUUCUCUUUGCUGUUUUCUAGAUCUCUGUAUAUCUGUUACAAUCAUUUCCUGCAAUUUUUGUCUCAUUAAAAGCUUCUAUAAGCAAAGCAUAAGGGCCAAAAUCUAAAGUCUUUGAGGUUAGUUUGGCAAUGUUAUAUCACUUUCCCCCUCAAGAAUCCUCAUGCUCCCUUGGUGGAAGUUCUGUUGUGUUCGUGCGUGAACCUUUUACAUUGUUUAACCUUCCCUUCAAGCUUUUUUCAUACUCUUAUUUGCUAGCAUACUCUGCCUCGGUAUCCACUGCAUUGGAGAGUUCGGGGGUUUCCUAGAUAAUAGCACAGAUUGCCGAAAAAUGUGUUGUCUCGUGUUCACAAUACCUCACGUCCUGAAGCUAUGUCUUUGUAAGUCUGCUGUAUGCUCUGAGAACUUCAGAUCAGCAAACACACUGCUUCUUGCACACCGCUUGUUGGUAAAGGAUGAUUUAAUUUUUUGCAGCAGUGUAUGAAACUCAGUAUUUGUAAACCGCUGAUUUGUUUCAUUGGCUCGUUUUUUAUAACCUGAUAGAAAGGGACAUUUACAAUGCUGAGAACAUUUAAAGGUAUAGCUUGUAUGAGUGUCACCCAUCUUUGUUUUUGGGAAAACUAAUUGGACAUUAGAUGCAGUAUUUCUUCUCUUUGUAGCUGCAAAUACUAAAAGUAAGCUUUAUUCUUCUAAGAAUUUUAAACCUCAUCAGAAGUGAUAUUUUUCAUUAAACAAAAUGCUGUGGCAUUUCAUUUAAGUCCUGGCAUAUGAUUUUUACAAACUGCACAAACUGAAUCUCUUGUUUAGCACUCAAAUAAGCAUGGCUGUAAAAUGCAUGCCUGCAGUCGCAAGUGUUGUGUGUCUUUAAUACAUGGGUGAGCCCAGCUAAAUAAAAUGGCUGUGCUGUAAGUUAAUUCAAUUUAACUCUUCAAUCUCCCCUAAAAGAACAGUGACCGUGUAAGCAACAGAUUUGUUUAGUUUUGUGAAAGCAUUUCUUUAUAAUGUUUCACGUUGUUAGCCAUAUGUGGUGGGCGCAAACCAAAUAUCUGCAAUACUGUUCACAUGUUAUGAAGGUCAUCUCCUAUGAAGACUAUUUAAAAACAAUUGUUCCCCUCACUGAUGUUCAUCAUGUUGUAAAUCUUCAUCAGUGCCUUUAAAAGAAUUAGCAGAAUACACUUUUCUGAAACAAUAGUGUUGUGAAAAGCUGCGCAUCUCUUUUGUUAUGCUUUGCCAAUAUUUACUUUAGUACACACACUGUCAGUAACAAGAGAAAAAAAUCUGUCUCAGGGUUAAAUCUAUUUUACAUUUUCCAAAACUGCUCAUUGACAUCAGUUUUAAAAAAUGUAGCGAACUCCAACCCAGUUCUUGUUACUUUUCCUCUGCUUAGAGAGCAACAGCUGUUAUUUCUUUCAUAAAAAAGUAAGCCUGCAUUUAGCUGAUAUAGAAAGCAAAUUUUGUAACACUAUUGUGAUCUUAUCAAACAUGGUGCUAGAAUGUGAUCACGGAAUACGGUCUUGUGUUCUAGAAUAGUGGCCACCGUCCUGUAGUGCUUGUUCUGUUCUCUUAAGAUUUUUAUGAUUAUUGUCCCCAGAAAUUUUAAUCAUGGAUGGAACAUUUUAAAUAACUUGGCAAAAAUAUUUAUUUUUAUGAACCAUGUAUUUUGUAACAUGGGCUUUGAAAAAUUGGUACAAUGUAAGUUUUUUUUUGUUCGCCAUUUUGUUCCGGCUUAUCGCACUUUGGUAGAUGUUUGCGUUACAUAAUGGUUUGAAUCCUUCUCUCCAGCCAACAAUUACAAUGCAUUAGAUUAUUUAAAGGAACACUAUAGUGUUAGGAUUGCAAACAUAUUCCUAACUAUAUUGUGGAGUACCUAUUUAGGUCCCCCCACCAGUAGGAAGUUACUGUGGCAGCCGAUCUAUUUCAAUCCAGUGCUUUCCCAUAGGAAAGCAUUGGGAAGCUAUUGCUCAUGAACAACAAAACACAGUGCUGCGCCAAAACCAUAUUGUUUUAUAGAGAUGCAUUAGAUCAAUGCAUCUCUAUGAGGAACGUUCAGCAUCUCCAUGUACAGCUUGCAACUGGCCAGUAAUGUAAAAGACUGCCUUUUCAUUGCAGAGCCUGCAGGGACAUUUUAAAGACACAAGAACUACUACAAUAAGCUGUAGUGGUUAUUGUGACUGUAGUGUCCCUUUAACAUACUGUUAUUUUGGAUUUCUGAUACUGCACGCUUCUGUUCUUAAACCCUAAAAUUUUUACUUUUCAUAUACACAUCUUCCCACUCACUAGUCUAAUGAUGGCACUUUCAUGAACCAUGUACAGUGAAUUUUUUUUUUUCUCAAUGCUAUUACAGUGUAGUUCACUAGACAGAAUAACCUAUUGCAUGAUUUUAAAGUGGCUGAAAAAGAACUGUGGUUUUGCUCUUUAUCCUGAUGACGAUCAUUCUCUUGUUUUAUUCUGAGACUUGUUUAAUCCAGUAAAACAAACUACUUGGUUAUUAUGCCAAACAUUUUAUUUAUCGUUCCAAUUGUGGAUACAAAAAAGAAAAAUUGUUUUUAAUCCUGAAAAUGUAAAAAAAAAAAUAUGAAUAAAAGCUUUACUUCUGCCAUUCUAUUUUCUAUUUGUGCCUGGAAAACCAGUGUCCCCUUUGUAUAAAGAGAUAUUGUAGAUAACUUUGGAUGUUUUAAUUAUAGAAAUUAAUCUGUUUCUUGUUACACAUUUUAGCCAGUUUUCAUUGCUUCUAAAGAAUAAUUGUUGAUGAAAAUAGUUGAUGCUAUUAUGUAUAACUUUUUUUUUUUUCUAAUAAAAGCCUUGAUAACCUAUAAUUCAUGUGACCUCUUUCUUUACUCUAAAGCAUUACUAGUAUGCAGGGUGUCUGCUAGGUGUGUGUUUACCUUAUUGAUGCAGUGAGUUGCAUCAGGCGAGGCUGUUUUGACAGGUUUCACAUUAUCCAUUUUGAUGUUAGCUUUAAUGUAAACUUUGAAAAGAAUUUCUUAAUUUACAA